AUGCUCUCGACCUCAUUUAUGAUCUUAACCCGCAACAUUCUGAAUUGGACCACUGUAACCAUUGGUAUCAACUUUUUCGGUCCUUACCUCAACCUUGCCAUUUGGCAGUUUUGGCCAUUCGCUCAGGCUUUCUUGCUGAAUUUCCUCACCAGUAUCCUCGCCAUCCUACUUUUCCGGAAGACAAAGGAACGUCAACAAAACCGACAACAAAUCGUCACUAGUGUAAAAAUCUGUCCAUCAUCAUCACCGAGGCGU